ACCCACGCUAUGAACAUCUCCAGCUGCGGGUGCGUGGGGGGGUUUGCCUCUCGCUCGGAGCUCGGGCUGAAAUGAACACACCACUACAAAACUGCUCUUGACUUGACCAUGUAACAGCACUGCAGUUCAUAGGAUAUUCAUGUACGAAUCCUGCGGCAGGAUCAUGAUCACUGAAGACUGGAAAAAAGGCUUCUGAGAAUCCAGCUUUGUCACCACAUCAUAAAUACAGCCUUGGCAUUCAGCAGGUGAAAGGGUUAAUGCACUGACCAAUAGGAUCACAAGACCUGCCACAAUUGCUGAGAGGUGACUGUUAUCGUCUGAAGGAGCGGGCAGAUGACCUUUGCGUCGAUAUGUAGAUGUACCAAAGCAAUCCUUCAUUAAUUCAUAAGGAUUCGAGCUGCCUUCAUGAAGCAUAAUUUUGAUUGGUUUGUGGCCAGUUUUAUUGGCUGAGUUUUCCUUGAGCUCUGUGAGCAGUUCUUUAAAUGGUCAUGGCGAAGACAACCGGGUCCCUUAAUCUGUCCUUUCUUCUGGAGCACGAAAAGCAGACGAUCCUCAGUGUUCUCCAGAAAGACGAGAAGGUCAGGAAACGAGAGGAGAAACGCAUCAGGAAGCUGAAAAAUGAACUUCUGGAAAUGAAGCGAGCUGGGCGACGUAGUUCAACUGAUCAGCGUGAGUGUGCCGUAUGUCUUCGUGCGCUGGGUCUCAUCCUGCAGAGGGGUAAUGUGUGUACCAACUGUCAUCGGCGCAUCUGCAACUUCUGCACGGCAAUGCCUCCAAGCAGCAACUGCAAAUGCACUGUGUGUGCAAAGACUGCGGAACUGAAGGUGGUUACAGGAGAAUGGUUUCUGGAAGAGAGAUCCAAGAGGUUUCAACAUGUCAGUGCACCCACCAGUGAUGUAAUCAAACAGUCAAUCCUCAGCAGUCCUCCAGAUGGAGGCUCUUCUCCCAGACCAUCAGAGAGGGAGAGAUCAUCCACGCCACAGUACGAGAGAUCGCCUACGUCUCAGUUCCAGAUAAGGACAGGGAAGAACAGGAAAGGGAACAGAGCGGGUGCAGUGGAGCCAUCAGGGUUACCAACGGUACCCAAUAACAUGAGAGCACAAAUGGUCAAAACACCAACCCAGACUGAGGCAAGAAACAGGCCGGAUGGAGCAGAGAGCGUGUCUAGUAUACAAAGCAGUGACGGCGCUUCUGAAAAGAUGGCGGAUGGGCGGAGACAAAAAGAUUCCAGCACACCCUCUAUCGCCAUAUCCAGAGCCUCCCUCUCAUCAGAUCGCAGUCGCUCUGAGAUGGACCUCAGUAAUCCUGGUGAGGGCUUCAGUGAAGAUCCUCUGAUAAGUCGAUGCCGCUCAGUUCCAGGACUGAACGAUGGGGACUCGGAUGAGGACAUUGAUGCGGUGUUAUCAGAACACUAUAAAACCAACCGGAGUGUCUGCAGUGCGCAAUCAAUGUCUUCCACACCUGCCUCGGAGAGAAAGUGGGGUUUCCUUAAUGUACCUGACUCAGAUGCUGACACUACCAGCAUUAACAGUAUGAUGAGCGUGUACAGUGAGACGGGGGACUAUGGCAAUGUGCGGGUUUCCGGGGAGAUCCUUCUCAACAUCUCUUACAGCUAUAAAACAGGGGCACUAAACGUGCUCGUCCGCGAGUGCCGCUGCCUAGCAACCGGGGAUGAGAGGAGACAGCGCACGGAUGCCUAUAUUAAAACAUAUCUCCUGCCAGACAAGUCCCGUCAAAGCAAGCGAAAAACCAGCAUCAAAAGCAACACCACUAACCCAGUCUUCAAUGAAAACCUGAGGUAUGUAGUCAGUCACUCUCAGCUGGAGACGCGCACACUGCAGGUUUCUGUGUGGCACCAUGAUCGCUUUGGACACAACAACUUCCUGGGGGAGACGGAGCUGAGCUUUGACUCCUGGGAGUUUGACACGCAGAUAGAGGAAUGGUUCUCUCUACAGCCUAGGAAUGAGUCUUAUGUGGACUCGGUGAUACACUAUAAAGGGGAACUUACAGUGGUUUUGAAGUACAUUCCUGCAGAGAGAAAUGUCUCCCUGCCUCUGGACCAAGUGCAAGUGAAAAGGGGAUUUCUGAAGGGAAAGAAGAAGACCAUCACUCUUCCUAAAGGAGGAAUGGUGGAGCUGCUGGUUAAAGAGGCAAAAAACCUAACGGCUGUUAAAGGAGGAUCCUCUGACCCAUUCGUCAAAGGAUACCUACUGCCUGAUGACAAGAAAAGCACAAAGCACAAGACCGCAGUGGUGAAGCGUACCAUAAACCCACGCUGGAAUCACACCUUCACAUACUGCGGCCUGCAGCACAGUGAUCUGGACAGCGUGUGUCUGGAGCUGACAGUGUGGGACAGGGAACCGCUUGCCAGCAACGUCUUCCUGGGGGGUGUGCGGCUCGGAGCAGGGACUGGUCUGAGUUAUGGGAAAGAAGUAGAUUGGAACGAUUCCUACGGCGAGGAGCAGAGGCUAUGGCAACGCAUGAUUGACAACCCUGAAGUCCCACUAGAGUGCACACUGAUGCUGCGAUCCAGCAUGGCCAAGAGGAAGACAUAGAGAGAAGAGGAGGGACAGUUUCCCUGGCAAUACGCAUCAAAUCUGAUCACCUCUAGACACUUUAAAGUGCUCUUUAUGUUCUUUGGCAGUACUCACACCACCUAGAUUCUCAUUUCAAGAUGCAUAUGCUCUCUAAAUUCUCAAAACACACCUGUGGCAUACACAUAUGGACCUAUAAGGUCCCAUUUACACAUGGUAUUAACAUGUCUCAUUUGUGACCACAAGGAAUUGGAUUUUAAUCACUAUCAUAUAUCACCUAUAUAUAAUAUAGAUAUCCACAUGUACUGUAUAACAUAGAUAUAUCAUAUAUCACUUAUAUCAGUACGGUACUUCGUGUUGAUAAAGCACACGGGAAGAGCAAAAAAAAAAUGAUACACCAUCUCUCCCAAAUAUAUUAAAAUAUUAUAAUUAUUUAGUUCAUUCACGUUAGUUGAGUACCUGCAUUAAGCAAUCCUUGGAAUAGUGUGCUUCAAAUUUAGUUGAUAUCAGGCUUACUGAAGAAAGAAUAUUACUCAUUACUUAAAUGUAUAUUUACAUUGCAACAUGGACACCUUGAAAUAAAGUGUAACCUUAUAUUUUAAAACAAUCACACACAUUGGUCAUAACUGUGAAUAGCACAUGAGUACUAUUUUAAAAUUGCAUAGUGAGCAUUAUCAACAAUCAAAGGUCACAGUUGUCCAGAAAGAACAAAGCACAAAGCACUUCCUUCAUAUACACACACACACGAGAUUUUUUUUUUUAUAUCCAAUUUGCACAAAUACCACCUGCACAUAACACUUGUACAAAUGGCAGACUAACUGAGAACAAUGUACUGUAAUUUCAUAGCUAGUUUUACCACUUUUGGAAUGUGAAAAUAGGUGUGUGGCAUGGAACAAUGUGGUUCAUUAUCUUUACCUAAGUUUACAGUUCCUCAAAGAAAAUCCAGUGUUUUUGGUAAAAUAAUAGUUAUAACCCCAAAUGUAAAGUGGAUAAAGUAGAUUAUAUUUCUAUUAAGACAUCUUUAAGCCUGUUUUCUAAAGACUAGUCACAAUUCAGCAUGAAAAUUACAAUGACAUGAUUGUUGUCAGGUAGACCCCCCCUCCAUCACCAAUGUUGUCACACAGAAAGCCUCAGCGUCAAGUGCACAAAUGCGUGAUGUUUACCACAACCGAAAAUACAAAGAAAAACCUAAGAAUAAAGUGAUCUAUAAAAAUGUAAGUGGUUUAAGGUUCUAUUUGGACAUAAAAAGAAAAAAGAGUGAUUGAAAUGCACAAAUUGUCACACAAAAAAAACAUACAUAGGCACACAAAUUGUAUAAGCACAAUGCAUACAGGACCUGUUAUUGAUUUAUGAGGUUAGUUUAAUAGUCAAUUCCCCAGUUGAUUCAUUUGAGCCAUCAUGUCACUGUAAGGUCUCCAUGAAUAAUGUGUCUUACACCUAAUGCUCUUGUUAGAAUCAGUCAAGUGAAUAGACCUUAUAUCACACUGUAUAAUAAAUUGUGUGGCAUAUGUAAGGCUUUAUCAAUGUUGAUGUUUGACAUCCAAGUGUUUCCAUGUCUGAUAUUGUCUAAAGCUGUUUGAUUCACCGCAUGUUCAGUGUACUGUUUCCAUCAUCAGCUGUACUGUACUUUAUCAUCUUCAGAAAGAGAAUAUACUAUUAUUUAACCACU